AUGUUCGUAGUUGUGCUCUCUCUCCAAAUAGGCCUAUUCAAUGCUCAUUGUCCAAACAACGUUUUAAUUAUUUUCAUCUCAAAACUGACGGUGCCGAUGCCCUAUCAUUACUUGCAUGUAUUCAAAUAUGUCAACAACCAACAACAUCAACAACAAUACCUACAGAAAAUGUUUUGAACAAGGAAGAAAUUAAAAGAACAACCAUAAAACAACAACAAUCUUUAGAAUUUUCACCAAUUCAUGAUGACGAAGAAAAAUCGUCUUUAAGGAAUAAAAAGGUGGGG